AUGUCCCCAAAUCGAACUCAUAUAAGAAUUGCUGCGGAGACCUGGGUGCCGUACACGAUCGUGACUGAUAAGCCAGAUGGUACUUUAGAGAUCUCAGGUCCCAUGGGGCAUGUAGUGAACAUGUUUGCCCAGUUCUAUGGUUUUGAUUACACCCUCAUACGCCCACCAGAUGGUCUCUGGGGCGCCAAACAGCCCGAUGGAUCCUGGAAUGGCAUGAUGGGAAUGGUAGACAGAAAGGAAGUGGAAUUCGCAGUGGGUCCGUUCACAAUCACACCAGAGAGGGAGACUGCCUGUGACUUCUCGAGGCCUGUUCACAGCGAUAAUUUGGCUAUCUUGAUGAUCAGGCCAGGUCUCGAAAAUGACGUUGGUGGAUUUUUGAAGCCAUUUACUUACAAGGUAUGGAUUCUUAUAGUGGCCAGUGCACUGUGCGUGGCAAUUAUAAAGACGUUGGUGACUAAAUGUGAAGAAGUAAUGUACAGUUUCAAGAAGACGCAAGAGACACAAGCCUUUCAUAGAGUACUUGGGAAUUUGGUUCAAGAAGGUUCCGAGUGGAUGCCAAUGAGCGAUAGCGGAAGAAUUUUGCUGUCAGCAUGGCUGAUUGCAACCAUAGUCUUCUCGUCCCUGUACAGCGGGACUUUGACCGCUAUGCUGACCGUUCCUAGAGUUGUCAUUCCUAUCGAUUCUUUGGCUGACCUCGUAUCCCAAGACCGUCUCCCUUGGCGACUUGAGGCAGGGUCGAUGAUGCCUAAGUUUCUUAUGGAAUCUGGAGAUCCUGUGCGGAUGAAGGUGGUGACUCACGUGUCAGGGACAAUCCCUGACUGCUGGGCUGCCAGGGAGGCCAUUGCCAGGGGCGAGUAUGCUGCCCUCUGCGAUGAGACCUCCAUGAAGAAGUCCAUGGCUUGGGACUUUAGUACCACGGGGAGAUGUCAUCUUUACAUUGCAAAGCAAUAUGUGUUUACAAAUGCAAUGAUGGCCAUGCCAUUCCAGGUUAAUUCAUCGUACGUCGCAAAGAUAAACAGAAUUAUUGGAAUAAUCAUGGAAUCCGGACUCCUGGAUAUGUGGAUGGGAGCUGAACUGACCAACACUUCCCAGUGCCUUCGACCCCCGAGUUCCGACAAGAGGGAUGGCAUUAGCGCAUUGAAUCUCGAAGCGUUCUAUGGAAUAUUCAUUGUUUUGUCAAUGGGUAAAUUCCCCACGAAGAAUAACUAGUAGUAUUGUUUCUUAUUCUACCCACUAUAUAAUUUGGGAAAACGUGGUGUAGUCCUCAUUCCAUAUCUCCAAAAUUAAAAUUAGAUUUAUGUUAUCAGUAUAUGAGAAACAAAUUUGCUAUAUCUGUCUCUUUUAUGACCGGAAAGGAAGCCAUUGUUAUCUUCCUACUUGAUAAUUUUGAGUCUUGAGCCGGUUUUUUAUAAUUGUAACAAAUGUUUAAUUUGUCACGCAUCUACGGAAUAUAUUGUCGGUUGGAAAAUCGAAUCAUCAUUCACAUAGUUAAAACGAAAUUGUUUUUGUUUUUUCAGGUGCUUUAUUCGGGCUUCUCUCCUUCAUCUUUGAAUAUGGAUUCCAUCUGAUAAUGGGAAACAAAGACCAGGAAGAAGUUUCAGGAUUCAGUGGUUGACAAAUACUUUCAUGUCCAUUGAGACAGUUUGAUAGAACUGAAACUAUUAGCUGUAUAUUUUGCUGUUUUCAAUUUGCUCUGUAUUGUUUAUUCACUGAUUUUGACAUUAAUCUAAGAAUGUCUUUACAUAUCUAAGUUAGCAAGAUAUCAUCUUGGCAAUUAUUAUUAUGUAAUGAUCAUAAGUAAAUCAUUCAGCAACCAGUAAAAAUAGAAUGAAUUAAUUUUGAUUGAUCCAAAUGUUUAAAAAUAUAUCAUAAGACAAUAGCUAGAAAGCCAGGACGUACAUCACUUGAUAAAGCGUACACAAAUAUGUGGAAUUUUACAAUGAAAAACUUAUGAACUGUCUCCCUGCUCAUAACUAGAAUCUUACCGAAUGGUCUGUUUUUUUGUGUGUUAAUGACUAUCGUUUCCUCAGUUAAUUCAUUCCAAGCAAUAUGUUAUGUUAUCAUAUUCCAUGAACUUUCA